AAGAUGUCCCACCCCUUCGGGUAACGUUUACUAACAUAGUUAACGCUAGCCACCUAAACAACUGUACAUUUACCUUUUGUUUAUUUAACAAAAAUAAUUUGGAUAUUUCAGGUCUAUGAUGGCUUCUAGCUUCAGAAAACCCAGUGCAACCUUAAACCAACGGAAAAAAGCGGGUCCCAAACCUGACCUGACAGAGGAACAAAAGCAGGAGAUCCGGGAGGCAUUUGAUCUUUUUGACACUGAUGGUUCAGGUACUAUAGACGUUAAGGAGCUUAAGGUUGCUAUGCGAGCUCUUGGAUUUGAGCCAAAGAAGGAGGAGAUAAAGAAGAUGAUUGCUGACAUUGAUAAAGAAGGCUCGGGCACAAUUGACUUCAAUGAUUUUCUUUCCAUGAUGACACAGAAAAUGAGUGAAAAAGACUCAAAAGAAGAAAUUCUGAAAGCCUUCAGGUUGUUUGAUGACGAUGGAACAGGCAAAAUUUCAUUCAAAAAUCUGAAACGAGUUGCAAAAGAGCUUGGGGAGAACCUCACAGAUGAGGAAUUACAGGAAAUGAUUGAUGAGGCAGACAGAGAUGGAGAUGGAGAAAUCAAUGAACAGGAAUUCUUACGGAUAAUGAAAAAGACAAACCUGUACUAAACUCUAAUUCUGUUCUCGCUUUUCAUUUUUGAUCUCAUUCUUAUUUGAUAUUUCUUAUUCAAUAUGGCAGCAGGCUGAAACAUCUUAAAUUUUCUCUAUUUUGGAGCAUUUUUGAAGAUAUAAUUUUAUCAUAAAAUUAUUUAAUCUAUACACAUUUUGUACAAUAUUGACUACAAAAAUUAAAAAUAUCUUUGCCCAAACUACA